UCAGACCAGAGAGGUGUUUACGUGAACUUUCUUGUCUGUUUCUCUUCAGUCAUGGAGUUGUAUUACUCAAUAUGUGCUAUUUCAUAACUGGAUUUUCACUGGAGUAAGGCGUCUCGCCGUAUGAUGGGAAAGUUACAAAGCAAACAGGCAAAUACAGAAGCCCGGGGAAACACGGCAGUUGAGUGUUUCCUCGUUGACAAGAGUUUGGAAGAUCAGAUUUUGAAGAGCAAAUCCGAAUGUAAUCUGGCAAACUUCAACAUGGAGUCGUCCGUUUCGGAGGUAUCCAUUUGCUGUGACGGAAAACAAGAAAGGAUACCUUUGAAAGUGGAGCUUCCCCCAGAGGCCCUGGGUAAUGACACCAUCAGAGUGCUCACAAUUGACCGGGAUGGACAGGUCAACUGCCAGGAGAAAUGUUCAGACCAUGAACGCAGCCUCAACAUCGAGGAAUUCGAGUGUGGAGUGCAGAUUGAAAGCAGGGAGAGCUCAAAACAAGAAUGGUCUUUUACACUGUACGACUUUGAUGGCCAGGGGAAAAUAACAAAGGAGGACCUGGCCAGCCUGUUAAAGGCGCUGUAUGAUGCAGUGGGCUCCUCCAUCAAGCUACCCAGCAGUGGAACUAAAUCGUUAAAACUGCGCCUGACAGUAGGCCCCGACAACUCACAGCUCCAGGCUGAUAUUAAGGCGGAUGUUAAAUCAUCACCUGUGAAAAAUUCGAAAGGCAAGGACUCCCCUGUGAACAAAGACAGCAGCUUAGCCAAUGCUACAGACAAUGGCCAGACCAUACAUUUGCCCAAAGACCUUUCUAAGUUAAAUAAUUUAUUACAACAAAGUAGCCGGCACCAGCAUACUCCGAAAUGCAAUAUAGAAAAGCAGCAACAGCAGCAAGCCCAACAACAACAGCAGCAGCAGGCCCAACAACAACAACAAACAAGACAUCACCAGCAACAAAGUGGUCAUCAGCCGUCAACGCUGCAAACUCUUCACGGGAACAGAGUACGACUGAGUUCUCAUGAUCAUCAGCAUUUGGCGGAACUAGUGCAGCAGAAUAUGGAGAGAAAUCAUGUACGACAUCUUAGGAGGCACCAUAGUGAUUCCCGCGGCAGUUCACAGCAUGAGCACUCUCACCAGAAGAGGAAGCACAAGCCUGUGUGCCAGAACAACCAAACUGAGGAGAGACCCAAGGAAAGUCAAGACAGACGCAAUUAUUAUCUGGACUUAGCAGGUGUAGAAAAUAAUACCUCUAAAUUUCAACCUACCUCCUCUGAACUGAAUCAUGCACAGGAAAACCAGCAAUCUCCGCAGCGAGGAAGGUCGCAGGACGCAGCAUGCAAGUUCCACGACAACCUGAAGAAGGAAGGGGAAAGCACAAAGGUGACAAGCACAAAACUCUUUGACAAUGUCAGGUUUGACCCCCAUGUUAGGUCAAGGUCAUUUGACCCCCAGGAAGCGACGCAGCGCUCCCCUAAAUCUCAGACUAAAGUCAGCUCAUCUCCAAUGAGCAAGUAUAGUCGGUAUAGACCAGUCAGUUUGCCCUCUCAGGUGCCCGAUUCGGUGUCCCCGCAUUAUCACCGUCGGCACCGCCAUCGAGAGAAAGACCACGACCUUGCUAUGCAGCAAGUGGCGGAGUGGAUUGAGAGGCAGCACACGUGGGAUGAGGACGGCAAACGACUGGUGAUUCAGAGACACGAACACCAUCACGUUCAUGAACACCAUCAUCACCAUCACUAUCACCAUUAUUAUGAGGCGUGACACAGCCGUGGUGGUGUGCGUGACACUAGCCGACUUCUUAAUGAUAUUUCCAGUUUACAUUACAAAGUGGCUUCUACAACAUCGUGCCCAACUGGGAAGAAUUCUUUGUCUUGACAAUUUGCCUGAAACAGAGGCCUUCUGUGUGAUAUUGGUAUGCUUUGCUCUUUGUGACACUGGCAGCCGCCGUGAUGGGGGCAUGGCUUGAUGGUUUCCUUGGCAACCCCUUACUGACAGGGUAUAUACUUCCUUAUGCUUAAAAAAGACUUUUGUGUCAAUGGGUGGAGGGGAUAACGCACAGAUUCAGGGGUCUCUGAACAUUUACUUCAUUCUACAUGGAAACUGACAGACCUCUGCCAUAACCAAAACAACCGUUCAUGCAAAGAGUAAUCUGUUGGUGCUGGGUAAGAUUAAACAACUACACCUGAAGCUGAUGAGACUUAAAACAGACCAAAGGUGUGUCAAAUUAAAAUACUCAGUGUGACAACCAAUGAAAACACAGUAGAAACUUAAAAUUUUUCUUGGUUUUGAAACUCCAUCCUUGGAGCUUCAACAUUGUACCAAAGAUACCCCUGACACAGUUCCAGAACUUCAGAAUUGAAUCUGUUUGUGGAUGAUGAAGAACAAUAUACAUGUAACUUUCCUUUGGAAGACAACCCCUCGCCCCAUCACACUGUGGUACCCUCACCCCACAACCUGUAAUGUCACCCUGAGAUUAUUGGGCUCUACAUUUACACUCUCACUAUGUGGUGGACAGUUCUGAUCAAGAGCUAAAUGUCUUUGUGUCCGUUAUUGAAUGGUCAGUUGUUGAAACGUCAAGUGUACUUUGUUGCUGUGCUAUCAGGUGGUUGGUGGUGAAUUGUGGUUUAGCGGUUGUAUCAGUCCAGAUUACCAUUACUUACAGGGUAUACUGUUAUUUGUGGCAUGAAACUGGCAUUGGUUUUCAAAAAGGAUAUAUAUCUAUAAAGAAAACACAUGCUAAACAAUUUUCCAAAUUGCUAAAUCAUGGACAAAUCUAGUUCAAUAAAACAAUUUUUGGACGUUCAGUAAAGUUAUUGAUAAAUUGCUUUACCUUGUAUUGUUUACAAAAUAUUUUCCUGUGUUUCAUCAUUCAAUCAGUUUGAAAAUGAUGGUGUAUAAAGCCUGUUUCGUUCCCAUCUAACCUAUAGUCUGAAAUCUUAAAGGAAACAACAUUAGCACAAUAUUGAGAACCUAAGGAUCUUGAAUUUUGCCACAAUUUUGGCCAAGUGCAUUUGCCACAAGUCAAUUUAAGUAUAGCACAUUACAUUGUAGAUGUAUUGAAUACAGCGCUUGUGGCAGAAAAGUGCCAUGGAGGUGCUACACCCUAACACAGUAGCCACCUGUGGCGACAUGUCACACUUGAUACCAUUUACUGUUACAGUAUUACCAGUAGUCUUGUUUGUUACAUAGAAUGCAUUUUAUGUACAGUUUAAUGAAUGUAUGUCCGUGAAUGAUUGUCAGUGAACAUAUGUUAUUUGAUUGGUCAACAAGUUAUAAAUAUUAUUCAUCAGAUAUUUCCAUGGAUACUGGAAUGUUUAUAUGUACAGUGGGUUCACUUUUGUGGUCUUUGUUCUCUAGCUUCAUUUGAAGGAAGGAAAUUCCUUUAAUUAUAAAGAAAACCAUAUUUGUAAAUUGGAAUAACUUUCACAACAAAAGGCAGGAGCCAAUCAUAAUACUGAAUAUCACCAUGGCAAUAGGAGUUGAUCAAACGUAAAUAAAUAACACAAACUACCUCGUUAAAUGUGCUGUUAAUAAAUUAUAAGUCCCUUUUGUUUGGGAGGGGGUUAAAAGGAGUGGGGAUUGUGGUAUCUGUAAAUAUCACAGGUGUCUUUGUCCAUAACACAGUGGGUGUCAUUAUAGGUGGAAAUUUGUGACCAAUGAACAGUCAGAUUCACUUUAGUCACGUGGCUUAUCUUUAUGUUUAUUUUGCAAAAAAUGUUCAAAGGGAAAUUCUGAUUUCUGAGCUUUGCCAAGCUGUAAAAUUUUGUUACCUAAUGCUUCUUACAUUUUUUUCUUUGAAAAGCAUGUGUUAAACCAGUCGUCUGGCUAGUUGACCAGUCAAUCUGAACUGUUACGUUUGGUUACUGACAAAAGCAUAUUCACAUAGUAAUGUGGAGAAUUGUGUGUGUACAUUACUUCAGUAAAACAUGGAUGCCUUUUAUGAUCGUUAAGGUCAAUCAUUGCACAAAUCCUAAAGCCUUCUAAUCGCUGGUCAUGCGACUUUCUGGGUGGUCAGUGAAAAAAGAUAUGUGGUAAAGCAUUUCUUACCCGAAAACCAAACACUUAAGUUAUUAUUCAAGUUUGCUGAACUAAAUAUUAUUAUAUGCUGUGAUUUUUUUCUUCAUGUCAUGUUUUGUUUUAAGCACAUUGAAUUAAA